AAGUAGUGAUUGAAAUAUUCGCGAGCGCGUGGCCCGACGAGUCUGUGCGCGCGCGCCGAAAACGCCAGUGCUGCGGGCCGAAAGUCGUCGGGAGGAUGUGCGGCCGCCCGCUCGCGGAGGACCACAGUCCGGGUCGAAUCCGGGUAGGGAUCGCGCGAACGACACGCCACCGCGCCGUCUGCAUGUGUGCUGGCCUCGCACGCGCGCUCCCACACACACAUCCACGCACGCCCGCCCCCGGCGCGAAACAAAACCGCCCGCGAUGGAUCAUCACUGAAACUCUCAUCCGGGAACUCAUCAAUUAAAAUCGCACCACUCGGCUUGCGCGCAUUGCAACAAACGCAAACGGUGUUGAUAAAAACAACCGGUUAUCGUUGGACCUUGAUCAGAUAUCAGGUGCUGUGUGCUGUACAAGUGUACAAAUGUCGAACAAAAAUGUUGUGAUUUUUAUUCGGAGCUCUUGAGGACCAGCAGGGAAAGAGUGCGGCGCUUGUUUUGUGAGUGUGAGAUACGUAACAAAAACAAUUCAAAAUGGGUACGCCAUCAGACAGUCCCGUCGAGGACAUGGUGUACGAGUUGGAACCGUCCAGGGUGCCUAAGCCGAUACCGGUCGCUUUAGAGGAUCUGUGUCGGCUGACGAAGUUCACGCGGCAGGAGAUAAGGAUCAUGUAUCGGGGAUUCAAAACGGAAUGUCCGGAAGGAGUCGUUCAUGAAGAUUCCUUCAAAGAAAUAUAUUCCAAAUUUUUCCCACACGGAAAUUCAAGUUUAUAUGCGCAUUACGUGUUCAAAGCCUUCGAUGUAAACUGCAACGGGGCAAUUAGUUUCAGGGAUUUACUGGUGACAUUAUCAACACUGCUGAGAGGCUCUGUGUACGAGCGACUCCGAUGGACAUUUAAAUUGUACGACGUGAACGGGGACGGCUGCAUCAGCCGCGCCGAACUAUCGGAAGUGGUGUCAGCGGUGCACGAGCUGAUGGGCCGCCGCGCGCACCAGGUGGAAGACGAUCGGAAGGCGCGCGAGCAGAUUGAUCGCGUCUUCCGGAAGCUGGACCUCAAUCAGGACGGCGUCAUUACAAUUGAGGAGUUCAUGGAGUCGUGCCUCAAGGACGACGUGAUCACCAGGUCGCUGCAGAUGUUUGACGCGGUGCUAUGAUGCGCUCACGCGCACCCCUCACCCCCGCCAGCUCAUCCAUCCAUCAUUCUCGUCGACAUUCUGAUUUUCGCGAUGUUUACUCUUCAUCAACGACCUACUCUUAUGCAUUCACUGUGGAUUAAUCUAAAUCUAAACUGGAUAAAGACUUAAGGACUCACUUAAGAUAAUUUAGUGUUUAAGAGGAGCGGAAGCAGUACAAUGGCGGCGAGGACGAGUUAGUUGCUUUAAUUCGACCGGACUUGUAAAUUGGAUACCUACUAGUCGUUUUGUUGAUGCUUGUAAUUUCCAAAGAUAAAUGUGUAAGUGUACAAGUAUACACGCAUUUUCAGUUUGGAGUUUACAGUUUGAUAUUUACAUUUAUUUUGGUUAUUUUUAAAACUUUAAUCAAGAAACAUCCAAAAUUUCUAUAAAAAUUUGUUUCUACGCCUAAAAAUGUGAUUUUUUAAAGAGUUUUGUUGUAAAUUUGUAAAUCAAACUAUAAACUCUUACGUAAGCGUUAAAUAUUCGAGUGAUAGUUUUAAGUUUUAAGUUUUUAUGAGGUACGUGUUAACAAAACAGCCAAAUAACUGAUUAAUCUAAGAAACUUUCACUUUGGAACCUUAAGAAAAUCAUCCAGUUAUAUGAAAUAUAUUUUCCUAUCACGUUUAUUUGCUUGAUUCGCUUGAAAUAAAAGCAAAAACAACUGAAAAUGUAUUUAGCACGUAACUUUCGAUCAAUAGUGAGACUUUUGUACAAUUUUUCUUGGAAUUUAUUAACAAUUAACAAAAAACGCUAAAACUUGCCACCGCGUCCAUACAAAAUUUACUCAUGAAAUCACUGAAAUGCAUUUAUAUUAUUACGCGACACAGAAAAAAGCAAACACAGUGAAACCAGAAGCCUUUCCCAUUGACUAUUCGUACUCGUUGAGCAUGUACAGGGUGUGUAUACAAAGGUUAUAACUUGGUUGAAUAUUUUAAUAACUUAUACUCUUCACACUGAAAGUCCUUCCUCACUGUAACGAAGAACACCCUGUAUGUUUGCCAUCGUCCAUUAGCGCGGCUUGAGACACAGGCACCAAAGACGUUUAAGAUUUAAAUAAAUAAAACUUUAAAUAUAUUGAACUCGUAAAGCGUAAUUUUACUAAAAACCAAAAUAAACCAAACAAACACGUAAUUUUACGGAUAAAAUCUGUAUGUUUAGCUUUAAAUGCAGGGUAAUAACACGAGACGAAAAAAAAAACAAUUAAUUAAACAAUACAUUAAGUCUGGCAAAGAUAUUGAUGGACAAUGAAAUGAUAUCCACAACAAAUAUACUGUGGUCAGCAAUAUUGACGAUGUACAAUGGCAGAGAAGUUAUAUCACUAAGAGUGUAUAACUCUUUUUGACAUACUUCUUUUAUUUAUUAUGUUUUUUGGUUAAAAAUUAAAUUUUUAUUCAUGCGAGGUUUAACCUUAUGAGAGGAAUAUGUAUAGUUAUGGCGUACUUGGGUUAGAAAAGCAAUAAUUCAACAAAAACAGCCAAAACCUCUUCCAUAAAACAAGAAAUGUUUAGCGAAAACAAAUGUAAUUCCAUAUUAUUGUCAAUUGUGUUUGAAUUGAAGAUGUUUGAACGUUGAAUGACAAUCGAAAAGUGCAAAUAUUGAACACAAACGAAACGAAAAACAAACAAAAGAACGAUUCAGACAUGGUGCAGCAACCGUAGUGAUGUGAGCAACCCUCUCUUAACUUACCCUGACAUAGAUACACGUGUUGUCGAGGUGAACGAAGAAGUACAUGUUGUGUAAUUCAUCGUUUCGUAUCGCUCUCUAUCUCUGGUUUGACGAAAUUCUUAAUUAUUCCUCUUCAUGUAGCAUGUAAUGUUAGCGGAUGACGCAGUGAAAAUACUUAUGACUUAUGAAUAGAUAAAUUAAUAUACAUAUAAAUUUGUAAUUGUGACAUUAUUGAGUAUACAUGUAGAUUCUGAUCGAUGCCGAAUGUUAGAAAAUUUGAGUGGAGCGUACAACACAUUUAAAAUUUUUAAAAAUUACAAAACAUACAGAAACAGAUAGUUGUUGAUUGAUUGAGUGAUUGGUCGAGAUAUGUGAAUAUACGAUUCGAUUAUUGAAUUAUAAGCUAAAUGAGGUUUAAUUAUUAUACUAUAUGAUUAUAUUGAUUAUUAUUCAUUAUUAUUGUUAUUUAUCUUUAAUUAUGAAUAAAUUGUUAUACGGUGUCAAUAAAAUUCAGUGUUUUACUUAAA